GCCGGGGCUGGCCCGACAGCCGGCGGGAAUUCGCCUGUGAGGUGCUUGGGCUGGCGGCAGCUGCUCCUGCCCCGGGCCCGGCCAUGUACGCGGGUCGCAGGCGAAGGAAGCCGGUGCCCCGGGCGGCGCGGCCGGGCUCGGCCGACGGCGGCCCCUCCAACCCGUCCAGGCGGCACCGGGAGCGGCUGAACCGGGAGCUGGCGCGGCUGGCCGCCCUCCUGCCCUUCCCCCAGGACCUGGUGGCCGGCCUGGACAAGCUCUCGGUCCUGCGCCUCAGCGCCGGCUACCUCCGCGCCAAGAGCUUCUUCAGUGUGGCUCUAAAGAAUCACAGUGCCAAAGAAGUGGAGAGGGAUGGAGACCGCGGCAAGGGACCAGCUCCAGGCUCAGCAGCAGUACCAGAAGGCGAGCUGCUCCUGCAGGCGCUCAAUGGCUUUGUGCUGGUGGUGACCUCGGAAGGACUGAUAUUUUACUCCUCCCAUACAAUUCAGGACUAUCUGGGAUUUCAUCAGACAGAUGUCAUGCACCAGAGCAUCUUUGAGCUGAUCCACACCGAGGACCACCAGGAAUUCAGACGCAACCUGCACUGGGCUCUCAACCCACCCCAUGCUCCUGAGGACGAGCCUUCUCCAGGAGAGGGGAAAAGUCUUGGCCCUUCUGCUGUCACCUACAAGCUGGAUCAGCUGCCCCCAGAAAACUCCUCCUUUCUGGAGAGGAGCUUUGUGUGCCGCUUUCGCUGCCUCCUGGAUAAUUCCUCCGGCUUCCUGGCUUUAAACCUUCAAGGCAGGCUGAAAUUCCUUCAUGGGCAGAACAAAAGGUCUGAGGACGGGUCUGUGCUGCCACCCCAGCUCGCUCUCUUUGCUAUCUCCACCCCCUUGCAGCCCCCAUCCAUCCUGCAGAUCCGAACCAAGAACAUGAUCUUCAGGACGAAGCACAAGCUGGACUUCACCCCAUUGGCGUGCGAUGCCAAGGGGAAGAUUGUUUUGGGCUACACUGAGGCGGAGCUGCGGAUGCGUGGCUCUGGCUACCAGUUCGUCCAUGCUGCUGACAUGCUGUACUGUGCUGAGAACCACGUCAGGAUGAUGAAAACGGGUGAGAGCGGCCUGACGGUGUUCCGCCUGCUGACAAAGGAGAACCGCUGGAAGUGGGUGCAGGCGAAUGCACGCCUUGUCUACAAGAACGGCAAGCCUGAGUACAUCAUCGUCACACAGAGACCCCUCAUAGAUGAAGAAGGAGGAGAACACCUUCAAAAACGGUCCAUGCACCUUCCCUUUACCUUUGCUACAGGAGAGGCACUCUUAUACCAAAGCACUUACCCUCUCCCGGGCUUUCCUGACCCUUUCCAGAACAAAAGGAAGGCCAGCAAGGCCGGGAAGAGCUCUCACAGCCACAGAGGCCACUCCCAGAAGAAUGGCAUUGACCCUAGUUCCCUGCUGGAUUCCGUGACGCGACAGGACAAGCUGGUGUAUGCCUCCCAUCCAGCUCCCACACCUCACCACGCAUUCAGCAGCAGGGCCCUCGACCGCCUCAGGGACAUGUCUGUGCUGGAUGCAGGAAGAGAUGCCUGGAGUAUGGAUGCUACCCCAGCUUCUUCAAGAGAGGACAGCCAUAAAGGGGAGCUGGUGGCUUUGCAACAGGAGGACCCUCUCCUGGCCACCCUGGACUCGCUCUCAAUUAAGAGUGACGAGAGCUGUUCCAACGAUCUCUUCAGUGCGCUGGAGGGACUCGGCUUGAAUGCUGAGGACCUGGAGCUCCUGCUGCUGGAUGAGAAAAUGGUGAUGGUCAAUAAAGAGCCUGACCACACGCCGACCCUCAAUGACCACAUCACUGGCAAUGAGAUCCUCUCCUACAUCCACGCCACGCUGCUGAGCAAGCAUGAGGGAGGAGGACAGCUCUGUCCCCUGCCAUGCACAUCCCCAGGCCCUUGUGGAGGCCCUGCUGUGUGCCAGACCCAUGCAGAGGGUGAGGAGUUGCAAUGCCCGCCGCAGCCCGCUGUGCAGCCCCCUGCUCCGCUAUGGGAACAGCCCCCCCACACUGUGCCGCUGCUGCUGGGGCCAGCCGGGGAGGAGGAGCCAUCGAGUGGCUUGCAGCAGAGGCCGGCAGGGCAGGAGUGUCUGCUCCGCUUCCUCCAGCCAGCAUGGGGCCUCCCAUGGCACAAGGUGACCAGCUCAGCCCCAGGAGCCCACGGCCUGCAGGAGCCAUCUGGGAUUGGGCAGCUGCAGGGUAACUUCCCAGACGAGUAUCCGACUCAAGAAGAUGCUCGUCGGGCCUUCUGCCUGCCCGGCCAGUGCCAGGGCCACCUGGGACCACCCAGCCAGCCGAAACACCAUCACUGGCUGAUGAAUGGCUUGUGUGGCCACAGCCCUGACUUGGCUCCACACCUCCUUCCCAGCAGCAGCCCCAGCCCCUGGCAGGACUAUGUUUCCCCGCUCCUGGGGUCCCCAGCUCAGCCUGGGUUUUAUGGCAUCAGCCAAGACUUGGUCUCCCAGCACCAGGGCUGCUUGAGUGCAGGGCCCAGCACGCCGAUGGUACACUUCAACCUGAGUGGCUUAUGCAGCAUGGAAACUGCAUGCAGCCAGGGGUUGCAGGAAGAGAUGGCUCCAUACUCCAGUUUUUUUCCCCCUUCCUCAUACCAGCUUAUUCCUGAGGAGCAGCAGAGUCCUGCUCCCUCCAUGCCCCAGCUGCUUUUUCCGAGGGCAGCUGCAGGGCGUGUGGGGAGCGUCAGCACCUCACUGGAGAUUCCUACAAGCUGCUAUGGGCUGUACACCGCGGCGCUGAGCCAGGAGAGCGGGCACAGGCCUGAAAGCAGUGGUGUUUUGCCUAACUCUGCCAUGGGACUCCCCAGAGACCGACCAGUGCUGGGGGGAAACCUGGCACCUCCCUGCCAGCCCUACCCCCAGGCAGAAGCGCUGCCAGAUCACCCUCAUGCCUCCAGCAGUGACUUCUGUUUCUAGGAGGGAAAGACCCGAGUGGACAAAGCAGGACUAUUUCCUGGGGAAGGAGCUGCCCUCAAGCUCCAGAUAACAAACCUUCCCCCCUCCACACGUCCUGCCAUUGCUUUUGAUGUUGGUUGCUCUGGCUUAGCUGGGUGGUUUGUAUUUUUUAAUGACUUUUAUCCACUUCCAACCAUCAUGCCCCUGCCAAGGCUCGACGUGCCUGUCCCAUGGAGGUGUCCCUGGGCAGGGGAGGGCAACAGCAAGGCUGGAGGGCAGAAUUCCCCGGGGCGCAGGAGCAAGCUGGGCUGUGAUGUGGGUCAGCUGAUGCAAGCAGCCUCAUCUUUAUCUCAUGAUGUUCAAGAGCUGUGUGGCUCUUGGUCAACUGAAGGAUCUCAGAGCAUGUUUGUCACCUGCUGUCUCUCAUCCUCCUACCCCAACAUCCUGGCUUUUCUUUACCUGAUGGGGUGAGUGUCUGCCCAUCCUGCCUGCAUAUCUUCAUGAGAGUCAGCUUUGAAAUGUUUGGGUCUUUUAUGGUUGCUGUUGUCUUUUAAAUGGUAUUUGGAGAUUGGAUGUUGCUCUGGAAAGAAAAAGGAUUGUUCUUGAUGUCCAGCCUGGCUGCUGUGUUGAGGAUGUGAUGUUCCUGUGGCAAAUCUUAGGGACGUGGGUUAAUGGUGGCUGUGGCAGCACUGGGUUAGCAGUUGGGUUCCAUGAUCUUGGUCUUUUCCAACCUCAACAAUUCUGUGAGCUCUCCAUCACACCAGCCUUUGCAGUUCUGCUGUUAACUGGGUGCAUUUUGCCAGGCCAGGAAGCCCAGGCUGCUCCUGUGGCUGUCGCUUGGCUCCCAUGGGUCAGUGGUCCCCGACAGAGUCCAUGCCAAGCAGCCCUCAGGUGGGGCUUCUGGUGGUUAAUGUCCUUCAGCUUCACCAAAGCUUUACAACUCCAUGUGUGAUAUGACAGAUGCAAUGCUCUUGUGUCCUGAAAAGCAAGAGGAAAGAUUUUCACCGUGGCAUUAAGUUUCCUGCAUUACAGCCAGGCAUCUGUGGCUGUGGCCAGGUUGUGCAGAUGUUGCUUGGUAUAUGAAGAGGGUGAGCCCUGACUUUUGUUCCUGUGCUGCGCUGGUCCUUCCCCAGGUUUCCCCAUGUCCCGUGUGUUCCCAGUUGUUAGGCAGCAGGGUUCAUUCUCAAACAGCAGGAGCAGGCCAGGCUGCCUGCCAUACCUUGCCUCAGAAGGUGGCAGGUAAGUCAUGGAGCUGCCUGACCUCAGGACAAGAUUUCAAGUUGUCCAUGCAAAAAAAAAAUCUCAGUAAGGUAAAGAAAAUAAGUGUAAUGAUCCUCUGAGUACUGACAGUGAUACUUGCCCACAGAAAAUAAA